ACAACUUGGUAGAUUUCAUGCCGCUCGACAAAACACAGUCAUUGUAAACUCAUCCUUUUAUUUGUGGAAGUUUGGGGCGUUCUCCUGUGAGAUCUGUAGUGACUUGCAAGUCAAUAUACGUUGAUGAAAUUGGAUUUGUAACUGUUUAGUGGUCUGUGUUACCUUUGAAGUGAUUAGCAUUUUGAUAGGCAUGUGUUUGCUCAUGACGAUUCCUUCGACGUGGCAGUGGAUUGUAUUAUAGCAUUUUCCCAUAACUUGCUCGGAUCGAGGACAUCACCAUGGGAGCAAAGAGAAUUUUUAAUAUUAUCGUAAUUACAUCGACUUUCUGGUUUUCAGUGACGAUUUUGGUGCUCAUGUUUAGCAAUGAGAUGACUAGAGAGAGUUUAACCAUGCUCAAUGCACCCGUUGUACUUGACAAAUCGAAAAACCACAAAUAUAUGAUUUUAGCCGGGGUGCAACCUUUAAGACCUAAUGAGAAACAUAUCAAAUAUCCAUGGGAGAAAGACACUGAUGGACAAUCCGAGAAGUCACAAGGAAUUCUUGCGAUUAGUGCAAAAGCUAUGAUGGGGGUUAUCCCGCGCAAGAAUCAGGGCUCCAAGAGGAAAGUUUACGAUGCAAGUAUUGGGAAAAUGAAAGAUACUAUGAGUCUYGGUGAAGGCGGAAGAGCUGCUUUUUUAAAGUCUGAUGAAGAUAAGAAACUAGCAGAAAAAUUCUUUGCAAAUCAUUCAUUCAAUUGGCUUUUGAGUGACAGACUAUCAUUGGAUCGAACUUUGGAAGACGURCGGAGCCCGAGCUGUAAAGUGAAACAUGAUAAUUACCCAAGAAACUUACCUACAACCUCAGUCAUUAUUUGUUUUCACAAAGAACGGUUAUCCGUUUUAUUGCGGACAGUACACAGUGUUAUCAACAGAACCCCUCCACAUCUCCUGCAAGAAGUUAUUGUUGUGGAUGACUUCAGUCAAGAUCCKAAACUUGCCAAACCGCUAGAUGAYGGUGUGAAAGAAUUCACUAAAGUUAAAGUUUUAAGAAUGAAAAAGCGUGAAGGUCUWGUUCGGGCGCGRUUACAAGGAGCCUAUGCUGCUAAGGGUGAUGUCUUAACCUUUCUGGACUCACAUUGUGAAGCUACACCUGGUUGGGCAGAACCACUUCUCGGACGAAUUGCAGAGAAAAGGUCAAAUGUGGUUUGUCCAGCUAUAGAGGUGAUUAAUGCUGACACGUUUGCCUAUCAAGGAUCCACUAAUGCAGAUCAAAGAGGUGGUUUUAGUUGGGAUUUGUUCUUCAGAUGGAAAGGAAUCCCUCCUGAAGAACAGAAACUUCGUAAAGACGACUCUGAUCCAAUCAGGACACCAACAAUGGCAGGAGGAUUGUUUUCAAUCCAUCGUCAGUACUUCUUUGAUAUUGGUACUUAUGAUGAAGAAAUGGACAUAUGGGGUGGAGAGAAUCUCGAACUGUCAUUCAGGGUUUGGAUGUGCGGAGGGCGCCUAGAAAUUGUCACGUGCUCAAGAGUUGGUCACGUGUUUCGGAAAUACACAAGCCCAUAUAAGUUCCCAGAUGGAGUCGAAAGAACUCUUACAAAAAAUUUCAACCGUUUAGCUGAGGUUUGGAUGGAUGAAUACAAGGAGCUGUACUACAACAAAAAGCCUCAGGCGAAGAAUAGUGAUUAUGGGGACAUCAGCAAGAGGGUGGCUCUCAGAAAAAGGCUGAAUUGUCAUUCUUUUAAGUGGUACAUCGACAAUGUUUAUCCUGAUGUACAAAUGCCUGAACUCAAUCCACCGGCCAGAGGAGAGGUGCGGAACCCUUCAAGUGGAUACUGUUUGGAUUCACUCGGAGCAAAGCCCGAACAUAACGCGCGUGUUGGGAUCUAUGUUUGUCAUGGACAAGCAGGGAACCAGAUGUUUGUCUUGUCAUCAAAAGGAGAGAUUAUCUUUGAGGAAGAGAAUUGUUUAGAUGUCUCCAAGACGUACGCUGGGGCUCCAGUUGAAAUGAUGAAAUGUCAUGGACUUGGUGGUAAUCAAAAAUGGGACCAUUCAAAAGCUCACGGAAUACUAAAACACAUCAGUACACAGCAAUGCUUGGACAAAGGAUCRCCKGGAAACCAGUACGCUAUUAUGAAUCCAUGUGAUGGUCGUGAAUCUCAACGAUGGGUAUUCUCUCACUAUAAAGAUAAAUAAUUUUUUAUUGAAUUCAAAUUAGGAUUAUUGAAUUAGGUCGCUCUUGUUAGCAACGUAGGAAAUAACGGUAAUAGAAAACAUUGCAUUGUUAAAUCAUAUUAUACAAGUACUAAAACUUCCAUCUUUGAUUGAUAUAUGUAGUUUUUCUGAGAUAUUUUAGGCUGGGACUGAUGAAUAAAACAUCAGAAUAUACAGGAUUGGUGUCCACAAUUUUAACAACAAGAAGUAUUGUCUUGAAUACGCAUUCAUUGUACAAAACAAAACAACAUCAUCUUCCUGCACUUUUUGGCUGUAUUGAAAUGACUGUAUUUGCUCAGAUUAUAUUUUUCUUCUGAAUGUUUCUCGGUGUUUUCUAAACCAAUCAAAUUAAGUAGAUAGCUAUUAUUGAACAUAUAAUAUUGUUAAAAUACUGUCAUGCACGUAUAAGUAAUUGUAUUUUCAUAUUUCACUUGGUACAGUUUCGUUCCUUGUAACCCCAUUUCGUACUGCGUCAUAUUUCACCAAGCAUGCGCAGUGCGAAGUGGGACCCGACCGUCCGCAUUUUCAAAAUGGCGGAGGGAGAGGUCCUGGGACCGAGGCUAGUACAUGUGCAUUAGAGUGAAGAUUCAAAACCCUUGAAUCAGAAACGAAUAUUCUGAAACCGAUGUAGGGUUUGUUUCUUCUCUUUAUUGUCAUAAAAUGACCAGCCAGCAAUAGGUCAAUAUAUUUUUACAAAAACUUAGUGAUUGAUAAUAAAUGUUUCUAGGCUUUUUGAAUGUGAUUUAUUCAAAUAAACGUCAUUAAAAAAAG